AUGGCGACGGCGUUCAAGGCGUUCUUGAACAGCCCCGUCGGCCCCAAGACCACGCACUUCUGGGGACCCGUCAGCAACUGGGGCUUCAUCCUCGCGGGUAUGGCUGACAUGAACAAGCCACCUGAAUUGAUAUCCGGCCAUAUGACUGCAGUCAUGUGUGUGUAUUCUGGCCUAUUUAUGAGGUUCGCAUGGGUCGUACGGCCCCGAAACUAUUUUCUUAUGGCAACCCAUGCCUCCAACGAAAGCGUUCAGCUCUACCAGUUAUCUCGCUAUGCUAGGGCUCAAGGGUAA